AUGAUGCGUUCCAUGCGUUUAGCUUUUUUAAAUUCACCUGAGUCAUUUGCCUCCAGACAGCGGUCCACUAAAGUUAAACAAAUUACUUACAGUAGGGGAUUUCGUUGGGAAAGAAAUUUUGAAAUGGUAUACAUUAGAAACUUACCAUUAUUUAAUAAUACAAGUAUUUUAAUUAUGAGAUUCCUCUCUAUCACAACAACUGACGUUCAGUUUUUAAGAGUUAAUAAAGGUUCACUCUUUAUUUUUAGUGCGCCUUACGUACCAAAGUUAGAAUCACCUCACACUGGUGCUUUUGUAUUACUAUCCUUCCCGCAGUCGUUUGAUGUGUAUCUUCUGAAUUGUUGUUGUUUACACAACCCUAUUCACCGCUUUUCUAUUGUUUUGACACUGAUUUCCGAAUUUGGUCUACUAUUAUCGCUGGAUUCAAAUCAGCAGCAGUUACAUAUGUUGUUAGCAGAGGUUGAAGCUCUGUAA